AUGUUGGAGAGAGCUCCAGAGGCGGGGGCAGAACGGCUGAAGGAUCUAGAGCCCAUGGUGGUCAGGAGGGCAGAUGAUAACGAGUCAGAGAAUAAACCAGGAUGGAAGAGCCUCCUGUUUGACUACCAGAACGUCAGCGACAGCUACUCAGCCCUCACUACAGAAAACAACGACCUGAGGAGAGACAAUGAACUCCUGAAGGAGCACAGCGCCUGGCUGCACCAACAGACCGCACUCCUCAACAGGACUUCAGCCGGUCUGAUGUCUGUUAACCUUGCUCUGAGUUUAGAAAGCACCGAGUUGACAGAGCAAAUCGUCAAUCUAACUUCAGCAAACCAACAACUCACACACGAACACGAGCGUCUGGUCCGGUACACAUCUGAGCAGGAGGAAGAGAAGCUGAACAUGUCUCAGACUAUCAAACAUCUGGUCGACUCCAACGCUCAGCGAGAGGAGGAGAGACGAGAGAUCAACAGCCUCCUGAGGGAUGAGCUGGGUCAACUGAAGGAAAGGAAUCAACAACUUCUGGAAAUCAAUGACGAGUAUCAAGCAGAAGUUAAAAAUCUGAGCGAGAGGAUCGGAGCUUUGUUGGACGAGGACCGCGAGAGGGCGUCAGAACAAAACACGCAGCUGCAGCAGAGAUUAACAGAGCUUCAGGAGCAAAACAUGAACCUGAGCAGGAUGUUGAUGAAAGAGAGGCAGGAAGCAGCAGAGCGAGAGGACAAGACGGAGCGAAUGGUGGCAGACAUGCAGUCGAUAAAGGAGGCCUACAGCUCCCUGGACCUCUACUGCCCCGUGGUUAACCACAAGACCAAAGAGAGGAUGUGCAGAUCGUGUCACGACGGCUGGACACUGUUUGAGAGGAAGUGCUACUACUUCUCCUCUCGUAUGCUCACCUGGAGCUCCAGCAGAGCCUGGUGUCAGACACAGGGGGGCGACCUGCUCGUCAUUAACAGUGAACCUGAACAGAGUUUUGUUUUGGAGAGCAGCCGGACUCUGGAGUCGAGCAGCAGCAGCAGCCGGCUGUGGAUUGGUCUGACAGACGCACAGGAGGAGGGUGAAUGGAGCUGGGUGGACGGCAGCCCAGUCUCUUCAGAUUUACAGUUCUGGCUGAACAGACCUGGACUGGGGACUGAGCCUGAUGACUGGAAGCGGGACGACCCUCUGGGUGAAGACUGUGGACACAUAGACACCAACGAAAACACACUCGAGUCCUGGAUGGAUGGUUCCUGUAAUAAACCUUACAGAUGGAUCUGUGAAAAGAAUGUUUAGAUCGUCUGGAAACAUUUUUAUAUUGUAAAUACAGUUAUGUGAUGUUUUUAUUUUCUAUAUCGUCGAAAAACACGUACCUCCACUUUUGACGAUUCUGACUUUCUACGUGCUUUGAUGGACACUUCUGACAGCCAAUGGAGAUACGUGUUGAAUAGAUGAUGUAAUAGACGUCUUUCCAUUGGUCAUUUGGAUAUCCAAUGCUAACGGUUGCUAAGGAAUAUUAUGGACACUCCACACACUGUAGAAAUUCAAAAUCGUCAAAAGUGGAGAUACGUGUUUUUCAUCGGACAGCGACGAUAUGUGGGCAUCUAUAGGACUAUAGCUGUGAUGUAUACAAUUAAUGCUAUGUAUUAAAUUCUCAGUGGUGAUCGUGUACAUGUUUGUUUACAAAA